GAAGGCAGGGAGGGGGAGACCUGCGUGAGACAGCAUGCCGGUUGGCUCGCUGCAUGUGUGUGUGUGUGUGUGUUUGAGAGUGUGUGUGUUUGAGAGUGUGUGAGCUGCAGUUGCCGGCGAAAAAGCAUCAGCCAUCUCUGCUGCCUCUUAUCUUCGCUCCGUCUUCUGUCUCUCAUCUAUUUGUUCUCCUCUCUGCAGAAUCUGCUACCUUGCCCCCGUUCUUGAGCACUCUGCAGACAGAAAGCUACCCUUUCCCACCAGGUCUGAGCAGCCGCUUCAUCUCGUCUGUUUGAUCCAUCAGUGACGACAGCUCUUCAAGUGACCCGUCCCCCGCCCGGUGUCCCAUCAGGCAGGCAUGGCAGACGGUCGGCAGCCGGACGAGCACUCGACCUCCAACGGCCAGGAGAACGGCAACAAUGGCUUCUCGGCCUACAGCUCUGCGUACAGGGAGAACGGAUUCAACGGCGGGGCAGCUGCACACCCUGGAACGACAGUGGAGGACUCAGCCAAUUUGCCUCCCUCCCCACCCCCCUCUCCAUCCGCUGAGCAGAUUGGGCCCGUGGCACAAGAAGAUAAAGUAGAGGUUGUCAGUCAGCAGCAGGAGGAAAAGGAGGAGGAAAAGGAGGCUCCAGAGGAGGCCCACAGUUACCAGGAGGAGGUGGCAUAUGAGCAGCCUGGAGCCUUAGAGCAGACAGAUUAUUUAUCAGAACCCCAGGCGUUGGGCUACCAGCAAGCCCAGACACCUGAGGUUCUCAAUGGAGGAAGUCAUCAAAGUGAACAGAUCCCGUCACAAAAAGCCCAGCCGGAAGAAAGUAUCAGUAAGGAGUCUUGUGAGUCUGCUGGGAAAGAAGAUGAACCUCAAGGGGCGCCGCUACAUGAGAAGCAGUUGGCAGUUGAACGAGCAACCCCUGAAUGUGCAGAACUCGCCUCGACUGAAUCUCCCACUCCGUCGGUGGAAGAAAAACUGCUCUUUGAAACCUCAACAGAGCAAGGGGGCAAAGACACAAAGGAAGUGGAAGAAGACGCUCCUCAGAGAGACCUUCCGGUCGAGUUGAAAGACAAUGAACUAAAACAACCUCUACUGGCAGAGGUGGACAAAGAGGGAGAUAUCUUGCCCAGCGAAUCAGGAGCCCCUAAGUCUGAAAGUGAGGAAAAACAAGAGAUGGUUGACCAGAUAAAUACCUCGGACCAAGAUGGUGGCAGUGACAAUCGAUCGUAUGAGAUGCAAGUGACUGACAAUAAAGAAGGAGACCAAAAGCAAGAAGCGGUCGAGGCAAGUCCAGAACCUGGCACAGAGUUAAAAGCGACAUCAGAUAUUUUUGUGGAACACGUGUCUGGAGUGAAAACCUAUUUUGAGACAUCCUCAAAAAGCCACAGAGAGGCUCCAUCACAAAGCCAGAGCUAUUACGAAUUCAGCACAGCAGCGGAGGAAAAGUUAAGUGAGGAAACUAAAAGCAUCGCGCAGAACGUCGGAGAACAACUGGAUAAAAAAGACAGAACGAUUCCUGAAAAGAUGUCGCUUGAACAAAGAAGCCUCUCCCUGAACAUCACUGUCGGGGGCACGGGGGGUCACACAGUAAAGGAAGAGAAGUCCACAACCUUGUGUCCAAUCGGUGGAAGCUUUGACGAAUCUGAGGUAAACCCUUCAACACCAUCUUUGGAAAGUCAACCUCCUCCUCCAAUUGUUACCCCACCUACCAGUGGAUCCCCUGCAGAUACCCCCACCAAAGAAGAUACACCUUUGCCUUCUGAUCAGCACACAUGUAUUGAACAUUCAGGCAGCCUCUCUGAGAUGUUGGACCUUGCUGGAGACUUGCCACGGCAAUCAUUAGAGAAGAGGGAGCUUGGCCACAUGAGGCGAAAGUCUGUACCCGCUCUGGUAGGGGGUUCUUUGGCCAAGCUAGCCUUAGGAGAUAAAACCCCAAGGGUGGUGGGAGGGGAAAGCCAGCUAGAGGACCUGGGCUACUGUGUCUUCCAUGAGUACUCGGGGCCAAUGCCGUCUCCUGCUGAUGUAACCAAUCCUGGGGACUCUCCACACCAAAGCUUCCCUUCUACAGAGACUGGAAUUGAGGAGGAACUUGAAGUUGUUCAAAAAGAAACUCAACAACAAGACCUUCAAGAAAUGAUCCCUGAGAUUUCUCCCAAAACUGUGAUUGAAAAGAAAGGUUCACCAGUAAAGAGUACCCUGAUUCUUGAAAGGAUCGUGACGAGUGGAGUAAAACCUGACCGCCUAAGAAUCCCAAUUAUUUCUUCAAAAGACCGACUGACGGAGUUUCGAUUGGAGACUGGCCUGCCUGAGGACAUAAAGAACCAAGCGAUUCCUGAGGUAGACAUUGAAAAAGACCCCUCCAGAGAGGCUUCUCCCAUCCCACCAGACAGUUCCUUUACUUUCACUCCUCUGGAAACUGAAAGCAAGGUUCCCAGAACUCCCACCACCCCCAAGAACCACGAUGAUACACCCUCAGAAACCCAAGUUGCUGGAGACAUGGCUGCAAAAGAUGUGGUUCCAGUGGUCGAAGUGGAGAAGGAUCAAGAGUCAGGAAUUGAUCAACUGAAGGAGAUAGGGAAAGAAUUUCAAGAAUCUGAGCAUGAGGAGUUAGAAGAAUGUAAGGAAGAACCAGAACGGACAAACACGAAUAUAUUUUCACCAACAUCUCGGUCUCUAGGAGAUAGCACAGAGAAAGAUGACAAGAAGAUUGAAACUGGGCAUGAGACAACUACAAGAUUAGACAAUAUAGAAAUGAAAGAGACGCCAAAAGCAGAGAAAGUUGCCCAAAUCCAGCUCCAGGAAGUGACUCCUGAUGAAGUCGCACCAAUGCCACAAUUAUCCUCCCCAAUCAUCAUCAUACCUCAAGCACAAGUAGAGGAAGAAGCAGAUGAAGAGGGUGAGAUUGAGAUGGCUGAAGAACCUCAAGAGGUCAUAGAGGAAGCCAAAGUGCCCGAGGGUUUUAUCAAGGUGAGUCUGACCGUAGGCGAUCAGAUGGUGGAAGAAGAUCCCACCUCAGAAUGGAGUCACAGUGCACGCGAUGAAGAUGUAGACCCCGCGACAGACAGUUCUCACUUGUCUCCGUGUUCUGACCAUGAUGUACAGCAACUGGAUGAAGGUGAAGGAGGCGAUGGGAUGGGGUAUGGUAAAGUAGAAGACACAAAGAUAAAAGGGGAUGAAGGCAUGGAAGAGGUGAUUGAAGUUGUCACAGAAGACCCAUCAGCGGAAGAGCCUGUUGGGUUUGAUGGCAUAGGUGAUGAGAAAGAGAAGAAACCAAUAGAGAAUGAGGGGGAGAAGAGGACGGAGGAAAUGGAGGUGAAAGAGAAAGACAUUGAGAUCGGUCAGGAGAUGGAAGAGACCUGUCAGGCAGCUUACGAUGAAACAACCAUGGACGUCUCCAUCCUUGAUACAGACAGCAACUGGAUGGACUCACAAGAUGAUGACAAAAGUAUCAUGACUGAGCAAAUGGAAGCCCUUCCUCAGGUCCAGAGUCCUACCAGUACACCUGUGGUGGACAGACCCGUAAAACGGGCCCCUGGCAGAGGAAGGGGCCACCCUGGCAUCACUGAGAGUAAAGUGUCCCGCAAAGUCCCCGGUCACCUUCCACAUGGUCCAAGAGAGGAGAUGAAGAAGAAAAAAGUAGCUGUGCGGAGGGUUGAGCAGAAUAAGCUAUCAGCCCUCCAAAGUCGCUCUCCAUGUCGAAAGAGUGUUGCCAAAGCGGCAGCCAGACAUCCUAGGCCCGCUGUGCUUCACGGCUCUGCCAGACGCAAGGCCACAGGGAUGGAAAGCCAUAUGCCCCUCAGUGUUGCCCACCAGUCCAGGGAGAGGACCACUGAGAGAGCAUACCGCAGCCCGGAGAAGAGGUCGUCCCUCCCCAGGCCGGCUAAAUCUCUGACUCGCCACAUCCCUGCUGCGGAACAAGAUGACAGCACCCCCUCCAGGCCAACCUCGAUCCAGUCCAGAGCGGACAACAGGUCUGGAAGACCCCCUGGUAUGGCAGGCACAGAGUCUGCACGUUCCCGAUCAGUCCGCAGCGGCGCCUCCACCCCCGGCUCCACCGCCGUGACCCCCGGCUCCCCCCCAGCCUACUCAUGCCGCACCCCUGGCUCUCGCACCCCCGGCAGCCACACGCCCAAGUCCUUCAGCAUCCUCCAGGAGAAGAAGGUGGCGGUGAUCCGGACCCCGCCCAAGUCUCCGUCCUCCAUCCAACGGCAGCUGAAGGUGCUCAAUCAGCCGCUGCCCGAUCUGACGAACGUUAAGUCCAAGAUCGGGUCCACCUCCAACCUCAAGCACCAGCCCAAAGGGGGACAGGUCAUGAUUCCAAGUGUUAAACUGGACUUUAGCCACGUUCAGGCUAAGUGUGGCUCCCUGGACAAAAUCCAGCACGCAGCAGGCGGGGGAAACAUCCAAAUCCAGACCAAGAAGAUCGACGUGAGCCACGUCACCGCCAAAUGUGGCUCCAUGUCCAACAUCCGCCACAGACCAGGGGGAGGUCAAGUGCGCAUCGACAAUGUGAAGCUGGACUUUAAAGACAAGGCCCAUUCCAAGGUCGGCUCACUGAGCAACACCAGCCACACUCCAGGAGGCGGGAAUAUCAUGAUCGAGAGCCACAAGCUGAACUUCCGGGAACAAGCCAAAGCGCGAGUGGAUCACGGCGCGGAAAUCGUGGUCACCCACUCCCCGGGGAUGGAGACGGGAGGGAUGUCCCCCCGCCUCUCCUCCACCGGAAGCAUCAACAUGCUGGAGUCGCCCCACCUCGUCACGCUGGCCCAGGAUGUCACCGCUGCCCUGGCCAAGCAGGGCUUAUGAGCGAGAUACCUCCGCUUCGGAUACCCUCCAAAAUCCACACUAUCACUCCUCUUCCCAUCAAUCACUCGUCCAGUGUUCUCCCAAGAUCCUUCACUGCAACACUCGACCCCACAGUUGUAGCAGAUCGUCCAUCAGCGACCCCUCCAGACCUUGCAGUGGGAUUUUAAAAACGGAAUCCUUAGAUUAUAAUUCAUUCAAACACCCGAUCAUUCUUUUUUUCUCAUUUGUCACUCCAGUAUGGACUUUUCAGUUUCAUUUUAAAUAAGUGGAGUGCUACGGUUUGUCUAAGAAGGCUGUUUUACGAUUGUACAGUGUUUUUUGUGCGUGAAAAGCAUCACAGUCCACAUGUAUGUGGAUAAACGGUGAGAUGAGGUCAUGCAUUAUGUUCAUUCAGAAUUGAUGGUACUGAAUGGAAGAAAUAGUCUUAAAGAAACGACUGUGUGAGAUACUAAACUUACAGAAAUGUAAUGGCUUGUACCUGCAAAAGAAUGGCUGAUUAGCAUGUCUGCUAACAUGUGACAUGACAUUUUUAUUUGUGCGUUGGUUGGAUUUAAUCUUAUGAUUUCCUAUUUGAUUGUUGAAAAAAAAUGUUUUCUUUUUAUAUAUAUGUCACUGUAGUGGAAGUUUUGUAUGUUCCCUGUGGCUGCACUGGCUUAUUAGCACUUAAAUGUGGAUAACCACUGCAGUUAUGUCGAGUCAAGCGCUGAAAGACUAGCUUUCCAAUAGAUUUGUCUUUUAUUUUCCGCAAUCAUUUGGCUGCUCUUUUCCUUCGGUUGUGAUUAUUUUAGGCUUCAACAAUGCUGUUAUGCUGGCAUGGCAAAUACAUUAUAAUAAAUUAGAUCUAUUUGGUGCAAUCUUAAAGUUUUCAGUGUGAGUGUAAAUGGCCACGAUGCAUUCUAGUGUCUAUACUUUUAGGUCUAAUCCCAAAACUGUCCCCCUGCUUCUCCCUUUGCAGAGACUGGGCUGUACAAUGUAUUUGAAUGGGCAAAGUUUGUUUGAAAAGUGGGAAAAAAAUAAGCUUUAUAUGACGACAUUCCAUUAAGAGAGCAGCUAUCUUGUGCGAUUAAACCAGUAACUAAGCCGAAACGACAAAGAUGUGAAGAAUGGGAUUCACCCUCAGCUGUUAGAAUUCAUUUAAAAAAAAAAGAAUAAAAAAAAAAACAGUUUGAGCAUAUUUUCUGCUCACCAUUGUAAAACUUCUCUGCCUCCCUUUCCCUCCUCCCCCGGUGUAAGUUACCUCUGCAGUGUGUCUCUGUGCUUCCUCUAUUCUUGCUCUCCCUCUUCCUCUGCCCCUCUUUGCCUGUGUAAGUGUAUUUAAAAUACCAUGUAGAUGUGUGCAAACGUUCCCAUGUUUGAGAUGUACUGAUGACAAAUUAUCCUACAGGAUAAUGACAACAGAAAUAAAGACAUAAAAACAGGUUGA